AUGGCCGCACAAUCUACUUUACGGAAACCUCAUGACCCGCUCUUAGCCCUCUACGACCACUAUGCCACUCUUCUCAAGUCUCGCGUCCGGGGUGCAUCCAAGCUUACCAAGCUAUUGUCCACUAUCACCCUCCUCUUCACCAUCAUAGGCACUGGCUAUGGAGGCCAGCGACUAUACAAAAGCCGACGCGCAGAAAAGGAGACAGGCCGGCGGCUUUUGAGGCGCAAUUCGGGGCUGAAGAACAAAGAUGGCUCCAGGACAAUCUACGUGCCCAAUCGCGACUCUACAUCCAAAGUCGUCAUACAUCCCACUAAGCAGACAACCUUUGAUGCCCAUCGCAGGCUCUUUCUUCAACCUCCACGCGCAGCGCGCAUGGCCGACACACAUCCAAACGACCCACAAGCACCGCCUCCACAGACCAAGCCUGGCCUGAACCUCGCGUUUCUGCAUCAGUUCCUCAGCUUGCUGAAUAUCAUGAUACCAAGGUGGAAUAGCAAGGAGACGGGUCUAUUGGUCAGCCAUAGCGUGUUCCUCAUGCUACGGACGUACCUUUCCUUGGUUGUAGCCCGGCUUGAUGGCGAGAUCGUGCGAGAUCUUGUUGCAGGCAACGGCAAGGCAUUUCUUUGGGGCAUUGUUAAGUGGCUAGGCGUUGGGACCUUUUCAUCUUACACCAACGCCAUGAUAAAGUUCCUGCAGAGCAAGGUGUCCAUUGCUUUCCGCACCCGGCUGACGCGAUAUAUUCACGAUCUUUAUCUGAACGACCAUCUCAACUACUACAAGCUACAGAAUCUGGAUGGAGGCGUAGGACUCGCCGAUCAGUACAUUACGCAAGAUUUGACCUUGUUCUGUGCCAGUGCUGCAUCACUGUAUUCCAGCCUGGGCAAGCCGUUUGUUGAUCUUUGUGUCUUCAAUUAUCAACUCUACAAGUCUCUGGGGCCAUUAGCCUUGACGGGGCUGCUCAGCAACUACUUCUUGACAGCGACGGUUUUGAGAAAACUCUCACCACCCUUUGGUAAACUCAAAGCAGUAGAAGGACGAAGAGAAGGCGAGUUCCGGGCUCUCCAUUCGAGACUCAUUGCAAAUGCAGAGGAAGUCGCCUUCUAUGGCGGUGACGAAAUGGAAAAGCAUUUUCUCGAGCGUGGCUUCAAGGACCUCAAGCACUGGAUGGAGGGCAUCUACAGCCUGAAGAUCAGAUACAAUAUGCUUGAAGAUUUUGUGUUGAAAUAUUCUUGGUCGGCGUUUGGGUACCUAAUCACAUCUCUCCCAGUCUUCUUGCCAGCCUGGGGCGGCCUGGGCAGUGCGCCAGAGGUCCCGGGGAGCGAGCGUACAGAACGCGAGCGAAGUCGCAUGAAGGAUUUUAUCACGAACAAGCGACUUAUGUUGUCACUCGCAGACGCUGGUGGCCGAAUGAUGUACAGCAUCAAGGAUUUGUCCGAACUCGCAGGUUAUACCUCGCGCGUUUACACACUUAUUAGCACGCUUCAUCGCGUCCACGCUGACGCAUACUACCCCCUUCCAGGCACACGCCCAGAGCUUUACUCGGUCUCUGACAUCCAAGGCACGGUACACAAAGGCUUUGAUGGCAUUCGCCUUGAACACGUGCCCAUUGUUGCGCCAGCUUUGCAUCCAAGAGGAGGUGAAGAGUUACUCGAAUCGCUUUCUUUCAUUGUGCACUCUGGCGAACAUCUUCUCAUCACUGGCCCCAAUGGUUGCGGUAAGAGUGCUGUCGCGCGUAUCGUCGCCGGCCUAUGGCCUGCAUAUCGGGGCCUCGUCAGCCGCCCACGCACUAUUGGCGUAGACGGCAUCAUGUUCUUACCUCAACGGCCAUAUCUAUCCACUGGCACGCUCCGUGACCAAGUCAUCUACCCACACACCGACGCUGACAUGAAGGAUGCUGGGCGCCGCGACCUUGAGCUCUCCCAGAUCCUAGAAGAAGCUAAGCUGGGCUACUUGCCCGAUCGCGAAGGCGGCUGGGACACCAAGAAGGUGUGGAAAGAUGUUUUCAGCGGUGGAGAGAAGCAGCGCAUGGGUCUCGCUAGGUUGUUGUAUCACGAACCACGCUACGCCUUCAUCGAUGAGGGCACAAGUGCUGUUAGCAGCGAUGUCGAGGGUCUACUGUAUGAACGCGCAAAGGCAAAGGGAAUCACUCUUAUCACUAUAUCUACUCGCGCUAGCUUAAAGCGUUACCACACCUUCACCCUCACCCUCGGCAUGGGGGAGCAUGGCGACGAAUGGGAGUUCCAGCGUAUUGGCACACAGUCUGAGAAGUCGAGCGUAGAAAAGGAACUAGCGGAGCUCAGGGAGCGCUUAGCUAAGGUCGAGGGUUGGAAGAAGAGGAGAGAGGAGAUUGAGGCCGAGUUGAAUAGGGUGUGGGUUGAGAAUGAGAAUGGUGAAGAUGGAGAGAGGGAGGAAUUGGCGCCGCCGCCAUAUCUAGAGAAGGAAGAGCAAGAUGUAUUAGAGAAUGAGGUCACUGAGUUGAACAUGGGAGAUAAUCUGGGCGAGGAGAAUGUGACGGGGGUUUCUGGUGAUGGUAUGUAA